AUGAGAAUAACAACCAACAAACGCCAAGAAAUUGAGCACGCCAAUGACUUCAAGAACCAUCAGCUCCCCCUCGCCCGCAUCAAGAAGAUCAUGAAGGCCGAUGAGGACGUUCGGAUGAUCUCUGCAGAGGCGCCCAUCCUCUUUGCCAAGGCCUGCGAGCUCUUCAUCCUUGAGCUCACCAUCCGUUCAUGGCUACACGCUGAGGAGAACAAGAGACGAACCCUCCAGAAGAACGAUAUUGCUGCAGCCAUAACAAGAACCGAUAUCUUUGACUUUCUUGUUGAUAUUGUACCGAGGGAGGAGAUAAAGGAGGAAGGAGCUGCUGGAUCGGAUGUUGAGUCGGGAGGAUGCGGCGGCAGCAGGGUGCCCUACUACUAUCCGCCAGCAGGGCCUGGUGGAGUGAUGAUGGGACAGCCAGCAAUGGAUCCGGCGAUGUACAUGCCAGCAGCCUGGCAGCCGAUGUGGCAGCAGGGGAUGGCAGAUGAUGCAAGUGGUAGUGUGUAUGGUGCACAGGGAUACACAGUACCUCCUCCGCCACCGCCGCCACCACCACCACCAGGUUCCUAA